GAAAAGAAAAAAAAAAAAACGUGCAUGCAGGAUGUGAAAAAAACUACUGACAGCCAGGGAAUAUCUUUAUGGUGACUGUGCACCCUGGGGAAUGAUAAUAAGAACAAAUAGCCUUCAGCCUUCAGACAGUUUGGGGGCGUUUACAAAAAGCAGUAACAAAAGCCCUGAUCUCUGAAGGCUCCAGAAACAGUGGGCUUACAAACAGGACUUACUCUUUCCUAUCCAGCUGUUUAUUCCAGCUGUGGAUUUUUAUAACUCUGUAAAAGUUGUUCAUUUGGACAUUAUGAUGCGGUACUUUAUUCUAUCAGCUCUUCUGCCUCUAUUGGCUUCAGCAGCUCUGGUACCAAAUAGUGAUGACCAAAGCAUCGUACGGACGUUUUCUGGAUAUUUCAGGACGGUCACAGACGAACCGUUUGAGUAUCUGGAUGUGCAGGAAGGCAGCGGUUCAGGCUUCAGCCCAGAGCACGAUAGAGAUCAGCGCCACUCUGCUGGCAGAAGAAAGUUUUUCAUCUCCAAACAAGCCUCUGAGUUCCUGACCAGCCGUUUAGCGACCGUCUUCAUCCCAACCAUCUACACGCUCAUCUUCAUCAUCAGUGUUCCUCUAAACGUGCUCGCCGUGGUCAUGUUUAUCCGCCGUAUACACCCGAAGAAGCCGGCUGCGAUCUAUAUGCUGAACUUAGCCUGUGCGGACCUGCUGUUCGUUGUGCUGUUGCCUUUCCGCAUCGCUUAUCAUUACAAUGGAAACCACUGGAUCUACGGCUCAGCCAUGUGCCGCGUGGUCACUGCAGCUUUCUACUGCAACAUGUACUGCUCAGUGCUGCUGAUCACGUGCAUCGCCGUUGACCGCUUCUUAGCCGUGGUUUAUCCGAUGGACUCGCUGAUGUGGCGCAGCCCGAAAACCGCUUCAGUCGCGUGCGCCGCCAUGUGGCUCCUUUCCAUCGGUGGUGUCACGCCUCUGCUCGCGUCCGAACACACCGUGCAUGUGGCCGAACUGGACAUCACCACGUGUCAUGACGUGAUGGACAUCGAACAACUCCGCGGCUACUACCUUUACUUCUUUCCGAUCUUCAGCUCUCUGUUCUUCUUCCUCCCGUUUAUUUUCACCACAGUGUGUUACAUCGGCAUAAUUCAAACGCUGCGCGCACUCAGCGGGGAAAACCGAUCACGGAGGUCGCGCGCCGUUGCCAUGGCAGCUACGGUGUUAGCCUUGUUCGCCGCGUGCUUCGCUCCAACCAACAUCAUCCUGCUGACGCACUACGUGCGAUUCGCCGGAACGCAGGACGACGCUUCAUAUGCUGCUUACCUCGUAGCCACGUGUGUGGGAAGCCUGAGCUGCUGCAUAGAUCCGCUUAUUUAUUAUUUCGGCUCGUCGCAGUGUCAGAAGCAGGUGCUGGCUUACUUCAAGUGUCGCUCUGCACUAGAACGCUCGCAGAUCAGCAGCACCAGCGGCAGCACCACAUCCAGCAAGCUGGAGACUUUCAAAAGCAACUUAAGCAGCCAGUAUAGAAAGCUGAUUGCGUGAACAAACCGCACGACUCAGCAACAAGAGUAACUGUAUCAUGAUGUGCCUUACACUAGCCAUAAUGACUGUGUUCUUAAAUACACUGUUAAUCCACAGUCUCUACUGCAUAGAUUUGCUUGUAAAAAAUAAGCUCAUCUACAUCUAUUUAGAUACCCUGCCAUACAGGCCAGGAAACUGUGUAUAACAUUGUUUUUACAUUCCACAAAGAAGCAUCUAAGCUCCUAAGGGCAUCUAAGAGUUGUCUUGAUUUAAAAAAGAAAUAUUUGAGGAAAUACUGGGAAUGGGGUACCGUAAAGAUGUCAUUUUAAUAUAUUUAAAAUGACAAACUCUACUAUUGCUUAUGUAUUAUGUAAACAAAAUUUAUUGUUACAGGAAAUGUGCAAAAAAAAAAAAAGUGAACAGAAAUGGAAACUGGAACAAUAUACAGAAUAAUUGGGAAAGAACUCAGAAACAUAAGCUUUUUAUCAACAUUCCUUUCCAACAUGGACUCACCAGGGUCAAUUAAAAAAAUACAUCACAUUUGUAGACAGCUGAAUAAUAAGUGAUGUUUCCUAAAAAAAAAGCAGCAAUCACCAGAGUUUUACUUUCAUAUCAGAAGAAAGUUCUCACAAACCUUAAAGUGACUCAUGAGGACAUUACGUAAUAACAAGACAUGCAUCAAGACAGAGCAACAAAUUGCACGAGAGAUGAAGCGGAAAUCCUGCAGAAAUGUUUGUUCUUUUCCACACUUGAGCUACCGAGUGACAUUAAAACAAGCUAAACAAGCCUGCUUGUGUUUUGUUCACAUUGGCUGUGCUGGACCAGGGAAAUGUUUGAAUGUUACACUUCGGCACUCCCAUGUGGAACAUCGACGAUGAGAAUCCAAGUGCAUUUGUUUCUUCAAGGCUCUAUUCAGUCUCACACACUCAUCGUCAUAUUAGGAGAGUACUGCAGAGAAACAGAAACCUUUCUUAUGUACUGUACAGUAUAAAAUAAAUGCCAUGAAAUGUAUUAAAUAAGCACCUAUAACCUAUAGUACAGCUUUAAUAAAAGCCAUAUGUACCUA